CUGACAGAUGACAGUUUUCAUAUGUUUGGGUUUUCAAAACUCCAAUAAAUUGGUCAAAUUAUUAUGUGAUAGAUUGAAGGAUUACCAAUUUUUAAAAGCACGCAGCCAAAAUGUCUAAAAGAAAGGCCGAAGAUCACGUUGCAUAUAGUGAAGCCGCUAUAAGAAAUAAUUUAUCGAUUGUAGAAUAUUGUCGCACAUCAGUUUCAGCAAUUUCGGGGUGUACAGCAGGAAUACUAGGACUGACAGGAUUGUAUGGAGCACUAUUUUUCGUGUUUGCAGUGACUAGUUUUUGGUUUAUGCUGCUCUUCAACGCAGGGAUAGAUAGUUGGAAGAAGUAUUUUAUAUCAAGGAAGUCCCUAUUAUUAAAUGGAGUGUUCGGUCAUUUUUUCACGUAUAUUUUGUGUUGGACGUUUAUUUAUGGAAUGGUACAUGUAUAUUAAGCCUAGGUUAAGUACAAAUUGUUAAUUUUAUCAAUCUAGCUAAUAAAACUUAAAGUAUCAUUGGA